CGGGGGGAGGGAGUGUUGCGCAGCCGUGCGCAGGCGCCGUGCGCGGCUGGGCAGGGGCGGCGGGCGGGCGGCCAUGUCGGUGCAGGAAGACCCGGUGCAGCGGGAGAUCCAUCAGGAUUGGGCGAACCGUGAGUACAUCGAGGUGAUCACCAGCUCCAUCAAGAAGAUCGCGGACUUCCUUAACUCCUUCGACAUGUCGUGCCGGUCCCGGCUCGCGACGCUGAACGAGAAGCUGACGGCGCUGGAGCGCAGGAUCGAGUACAUCGAGGCCCGGGUCACGAAGGGCGAGACGCUGACAUAAACUUAAUGCGGCCCCGAGCCCCCUCCCGCUGCCACCAGAGAGCCACCGCCCCACGCUGGGGCCCGCUGCCAUCUGCUUGUGUCACCAAUAAACCGCUGUGCUCCA